AUGGAUGAGGAAUAUGAUGCGAUCGUGCUUGGAACCGGUCUUAAGGAAUGUGUCAUCUCUGGAAUGCUCUCCGUAAGCGGGAAGAAGGUUCUCCACAUUGAUCGCAACAACUAUUACGGUGGUGAGAGCGCUUCAUUGACACCACUCGAACAACUCUACGAGAAGUUCCAUGGAGCAAACGCCAAGCCACCAACCGAGAUGGGGCGUGGACGUGAUUGGAAUGUCGAUUUGAUUCCCAAGUUUUUGAUGGCCAAUGGAUCUCUCGUGAAACUUCUGAUUCACACCGGUGUCACCCGCUACUUGGAGUUCAAAUCCAUUGAGGGAAGCUAUGUCUAUCGUGGAGGAAAGAUCUACAAAGUGCCUGCUGACGAAAUGGAAGCCCUUGCGACUAGUUUGAUGGGAAUGUUUGAAAAACGCCGAUUCAAGAAAUUCCUCGUCUGGGUUCAACAAUUCGAUCAAAACAAGCCGGAUACUUGGCAAGGACUUGAUCCCAAUGUGCACACAAUGCAACAAGUUUACGAAAAGUUUGGACUUGAUGAAAAUACGGCUGAUUUUACCGGGCACGCUUUGGCUCUCUACCGUGAUGAUAAUUACAAGGCACAGACAUUUGCUCCAUCGGUUGAGAAGAUUCGCCUUUAUUCGGAUUCGCUUGCCCGUUAUGGAAAGUCGCCGUAUUUGUAUCCACUGUAUGGACUUGGAGAGCUUCCUCAGGGUUUUGCUCGUCUCUCCGCUAUUUAUGGUGGCACUUACAUGCUGGACAAGCAAGUGGACAACAUCGUGUAUGAGAAUGGGAAAGCUAUUGGAGUGAAAUGCGGUGACGAUAUUGUGAAGGGAAAACAGAUUUACUGCGAUCCAUCGUAUGCUCCCGAUAAAGUGAAGAAGGUCGGCCAAGUGGUGCGAGCCAUUUGCUUGCUCAAUCAUCCAAUUCCAAAUACAAAUGAUGCUCAAAGUUGCCAAAUCAUCAUUCCACAGAAGCAAGUUGGGCGUCACUAUGAUAUCUAUAUUUCUCUGGUCUCCAACACGAACAUGGUAACCCCGAAGGGAUGGUUCAUCGCAAUGGUCUCAACCACGGUUGAAACUGGAAACCCAGAAGCUGAAAUUAUUCCGGGACUUACUCUCCUUGGCGCCAUUACCGAAAAGUUUAUCAGCGUCUCUGAUGUGUUUGAACCUGUCGAUCAUGGGGCUGAGUCACAGGUGUUUAUUUCAUGCUCGUACGAUCCAACUUCUCACUUCGAGUCUACUUGUCGAGAUGUGCUUGAAGUGUUCCAGCGCGGAACCACCACAGAAUUUGACUUCACCAAGAUCACUCAUCUCUCCUUGGAGGACAAUGAA